AGUCACGUGCAUAGCACGUUCUAAAGCUAGGGCUAAAAUAAGCUUUCGUCGCCGUGGAUCACUCGAUCGAAUCGCAGGCGAAAGAGGGAAGAGGGAGCGCAGCACCCAAAGGGAAAGGAUGGCGGCUAGGAAACAGAUGGUCUCGACGACUUCGCUGCUGCUAUGGCUGGUGCUCUUCGUGAGCGCCCUCGCACUGAUCCAGGCUAAAGCAUCCAAGGAGAAUCUGAAGGAAGUAACGCACAAGGUUUACUUUGACAUUGAGAUUGGAGGGAAACCUGCAGGUCGAAUUGUGAUGGGCCUAUUUGGGAAGACUGUGCCUAAGACAGCAGAGAAUUUUCGAGCCCUUUGCACAGGCGAGAAAGGUAGUGGUAAAAGUGGGAAACCUCUUCACUACAAGGGGAGCACAUUCCACAGAAUUAUACCCAGCUUUAUGAUCCAGGGAGGCGACUUUACACUUGGUGAUGGAAGGGGUGGGGAAUCUAUCUAUGGUACAAAAUUUGCUGAUGAAAACUUCAAACUCAAGCACACAGGACCAGGACUUAUGUCAAUGGCAAAUGCUGGCCCUGAUACUAAUGGAUCACAAUUUUUUAUCACAACCGUAACAACAAGCUGGUUGGAUGGCAAACAUGUUGUUUUCGGUAAGGUGCUUUCAGGAAUGGAUGUGGUGUACAAAGUUGAAGCGGAAGGGCGGCAGAAUGGAACACCCAAAAGCAAAGUUGUAAUUGCAGACAGUGGGGAACUGCCAUUAUGAUUACAUUUCACUCCUUAAUAUGCAAGUUUGGUGGGUGGUAGAGGGGUGAUGACAUUUGUAUUGCAAUAUCUUCUAGCUGCCUUGUUAUCUUAAAUCUUAAGAUAUAAUAUGGUAAUACAUUUUGGGUAUUCCCAACUGGUUAUAUCGUAUUUGUGACAUCAUCUUUGCUGAAAUGAAUUUCAGAUUUUGGAA